CAAGGAAACACAACAUGGCGUUAGAAGUAUCAAUGAUCAGUGUCGGGGCUGUGCUGCUGGUUGUGCUGCUGUUGAUAUUUCUGAUUUGUACUUCAGGUCAGAGAGACAAAUCUGUGCUCACAGACCAAAGGGGAGUAGUUGAAUCUAGACUGCUGCAGUGUUUGUCUCGGCUCCGUCCCUGCUCCUCAUCUCCUUCCAUCCCAGGUCCUCCAAGCCUCUUCCUUAUAGGCAACAUGAUGGAGCUGACACACAAUCAUCUGCCAAUUCACUUGACCAAUCUGGCACAGCGGUAUGGAAACAUCUACCGCCUGACAUGUGGAAACACAACCAUGGUGGUACUUAACAGCAGUGAACUCAUAAGAGAAGCACUGGUGAAAAAAUGGUCAGACUUUGCAGGGAGACCAGCGUCUUAUACAGCUGAUAUUGUGUCUGGGGGAGGACGCACUAUCUCUCUGGGUGAUUACAACGAGGAGUGGAGAGCACAGCGUCGUCUCGUACACAGUGCUUUGCAGCGCUGCUGCCAGCAGUCUUUGCAUGGUGUGAUUGAGAGACAGGCACUGCAUCUGAGAAAGGUUUUGUUGCAAUACCAAGGCACUGCUGUUGAUCUUUCGGAGGAUUUCACAGUUGCAGCCAGUAAUGUCAUCACCACUUUGGCUUUUGGAAAGGAGUAUGAUAAGAGUUCCUUGGAGCUGCAGGAGCUGCACAGCUGUCUGAAUGAGAUCGUUGCUCUGUGGGGCUCCACUUGGAUUUCUGCCCUGGACUCUUUUCCGCUGCUUAGAAAAUUACCCAAUCCUGUGUUUGCCCGUCUCCUAAAAGAAGUGGCCAGGAGGGAUGGAAUUAUCAGGAAACAUCUAAACAAUUAUAAGAUGCAAGACAAGAAAGAUGAGGAGGCCAUCACGGCAUCCCUGCUUCAUGGCCUUGACGCACAUCAAAACGUAGAAAAUGGAGCACUUCUCACAGAUGUUCAUGUUCACAUGGCCACUGUUGACCUUCUCAUCGGGGGAACAGAGACCACUGCAGCCUGGCUUAACUGGACUGUGGCCUACCUACUGCACAGACCAGAGGUGCAGACAAAGGUGUAUGAAGAGCUGUGCACAGUGCUCGAGGGAAGAUACCCUCAGUACAGUGACAGACACAGACUCCCAGUCCUGUGCUCUGUGAUCAGUGAGGUGCUCAGACUCAGGCCUGUUGCUCCACUAGCUGUGCCACACAGAGCCAUCAGAGACAGCAGUAUUGCAGGUUAUAUCAUCCCUAAGAACACAAUCAUCAUUCCUAAUCUUUUUGGAGCUCACCAUGAUCCUGCAGUGUGGGCUGACCCACACGCCUUCAAACCAGAGCGCUUCCUGAAAGGAGGAGGAGGCACCACCCGUGCCCUGAUCCCAUUCGGAGGGGGGGCCCGGCUCUGCCUGGGGGAGUCGGUUGCUAAAAUGGAGCUCUUUCUGUUCACUGCCUACUUGCUCAGAGAUUUCCAGUUCCUCCUUCCUGAGAGUGGGGCCUCUCUGCCCGACCUGAAAGGAGUUGCUAGUGUUGUGCUCAAGAUCCAGUCCUACACAGUUAUUGCACUUCCAAGACCUAUGACUAACCCCUGAAUUUAUGACACUCUACUUUGCUUAAAUGUUGAGCACUCAUAUGCAAAAAUGUUUUUGUAUUAUCUGAAAUGUAUUAAAAAAAAACCUUCCCAUUCAU